GCCCUGCCUCCUCCCCGCCGCUGCUGCUGCUGCUGCUGCUGCAUCCGGCCCGGCCCAUCCCGGGCAGCCGCGGAGUGGGGGCUGGCUCUGGCGCUUUGCUUCGGAAGUGGGGUUCGUACCUGUGUGCGUGUGCACCGCGUCCUCCAGCGCACCGGGGGACACCGCGGCCGGGCGGAGCAGGUGCACGGGGCGGAGGUUUUCACAUAAGUGGAAGUGUCAUAUCCUGUUUGAAGAGCGUAUCGUGCAGCAGAGCAGCRCUGUGUGCAGCAUGAUCAUCUGAGAGCAAGUGUGUGCCUGGUUUAUGGUUGCUCAUCUGCAGUGUCUGUAAAAAAGGCAAAAGCAAAAAACAUCUGUUUUGGAAAAUGUGCUGUGAUUCAAAAAAGAGGUUUUUGCUCCUCUAUGCAACACAAAAGGGGCAGGCAAAAGCCAUAGCUGAGGAAAUAUGGCAGCAAGCAGGUGUCCAUGGACUUGAAGCUGAUAUGCACUGUAUAAGUGAAAUGGAUAAGUAUAACCUGGAAACAGAAAAGGAUCCUGUAGUUAUUGUUAUUUCCACUACUGGGACGGGAGAGCCACCAGACACUGCCCGCAAGUUUGUAAAGAAAAUUCAAGACAAGACCUUGCCUCCUGACCAUUUCGCACAUCUCCAGUAUGGAUUGCUAGGUCUGGGAGAUUCAGAGUACAUGUUUUUUUGUAAUGGUGGAAGGACAGUAGACCGACGACUUCAAGAACUUGGUGCCCAGCACUUCUAUGACACAGGUUUAGCAGAUGAUUGUGUAGGUUUGGAAUUAGUGGUUGAUCCUUGGAUUGAUGGACUUUGGCUUGCCCUCAAGGAAGCAUUGCGAUUGCAGGAAGAGAAAGAAGGCAUGAACAACGCUGUCARUGCUGUUUCCAGCUCGCUCUCUCCAGCUCCACAUGCUGUACAUGAACUAAGCUUAAGCKCCAAAGUACAGAACUUGAAGCUAGAAGAUGAGGGAGCAAGGGGUUCUGAUGUUCUGUCACAGAAACUGGAUGACAUCAAUCUUGUGGCUCCAGCUAGUGACACUGAACCUUCACUUGUUCAUUCUGUCCCUCCYCUCUCUCAGACUGCUCUUAAUAUUCCUGCCCUGCCACCAGAAUAUAUAGAGGUACAGCAUCAGGACACCCAGGGUGAGAAUCCACAUCUGUCUUCACUGAUCUCAGAGGGAAYGACCUUUGAAGUGCCAGUUACAAAAGCAGUUCAGCUCACUAGAGGAGAUGCGAUAAAAACUGCAUUGCUCUUGGAGCUUGAUAUUGCAGACACAGUCUUUGASUACCAACCUGGAGAUGCCUUCUGUGUAAUAUGUCCCAACAAUGCCARUGAGGUGGAAGAGCUGCUGCACAUCUUGGGACUUUCUGAAAAAGGAGAUGACUUUGUUUGUGUAAAGGUUAAGCAGGGCACUAAAAAGAAAGGAGCAUCUCGUCCACAACACAUCCCUGAAAGAAGCACUCUCAAAUUCCUUCUAACCUGGUGUCUGGAAAUAAGAGCAGUUCCAAAAAAGGCAUUUUUGCGAGCUCUUGUAGAAUGUACGGGUGAUGUGGCAGAAAAACGGAGGCUUCAAGAGCUUUGCAGCAGACAAGGAGCCUCUGAUUACACACGCUUUAUUAGAGAUUCUAAUGUUUGCCUCCUGGAUUUACUUCAUGCUUUUCCAAGCUGCAAGCCUUCACUUAGCCUGUUAAUUGAACAUCUUCCUAAAUUACAAGCCAGAUCCUAUUCAGUGUCAAGUUCAAACUUGUAUCAGCCAGGAAGGCUGCGCUUUGUAUUUAAUGUUGUGGAGUUCCCUGCCGGUGCCUCUAGACCAGUCUCACGGAAAGGAGUGUGUACAGGAUGGCUUGCUGAGUUAGUUGCACCUCUACUGCACCCCUAUGAAAACACUCUGGAUGCAAAGGGAGAAAGCUCUUCAGUUGAAAAGAUAUCUAUUUUUCCUCGUCCAAACAAUACUUUCCACUUACCUGCAGACCCRUCUGUCCCAUUCAUUAUGGUUGGUCCAGGAACAGGAAUUUCACCGUUUAUUGGUUUCCUACAACAUAGGCAAAAGCUCAGAGAACAACAUGCAGACUGGAAAUUUGGAGAGACAUGGCUGUUUUUUGGUUGUCGGCAUCAUGAUCGAGACUAUUUGUUCAGAGAUGAGCUCAGAAAUUUUCUUGAAAAUGGAACAUUAACACAUCUUAAGGUUUGUUUCUCGAGAGACUCUUCAGCUGCAGAAGUGGCCCCACCUAAAUAUGUGCAAGAUGUCCUUAGGCUUCAUGCUAAGGAAGUUGCCAGAAUCCUGCUGAAAGAGGGAGGUUACUUCUAUGUAUGUGGUGAUAAGAAGCACAUGGCUGAUGAUGUAAGUGAUGCCAUAGUAGACAUUUUACGCAUGGAAAUGGAAGCUGACAAAUUGGAAGCAAUGAAAAUCCUGGCCAUGCUUCGAGAAGCAAAACGAUAUUUGCAGGAUGUUUGGAGCUAAAUAUUUAGCUUUUCCUAUUCCUUUGUAAUACAAAAUAUUUCCUUUCACACAUAUGUUUUUGACUAAAAGUUAUUGUCAAAAGUUCUGUCUGUAGUCACACAAAGGUUAACUUUCUCUGUUGACCUUUCGAACAGGAAUGUGAAACCUUUUAAAUGACAACAAACCAGGCUGGCCUUUGUAGUGUAUGGCUUUUUAGAGAUGUUACAUAAUGGACUGUCUCAGUGCCUUGAUUCUCGUAAGAUAGGGCUGCUGUAUGAACUAAAAACUUCUACACUUGUGCAGGCAUAAUUGUAUGUCGACAUUGCCUCAUGUAUCUUUUCCUAUAAUGUAUACAUAAAAAAGCUACAGAGUAAAUAUGUUACACACUAAUYUGUGCACCAAGAAAUACAUUGCCGACUUGCCAAGAUUUAUUUCAACACUUCCUGAGUACUUYUGAGACUGCUUAUAUUUUUUCAUCUUGCACAAUGAUGGUAACUGCCAAAAGGAGUGAAUGUCCAGGAUCUUGCACWUAAAGGUUACUGAAGAAUUUCAGCUUCAAACUUCUUGUAAAAUACUUAGCUUUUGCAUCACAUCGUUACACCAUGUCUCAAAAUCUGCAACACACCAUUCUAAUGCUUAUUAGAUCUUCCUUCAUAAUUCUUUCGCAAUUGUUUUCAUUCCUGUCUUUGAAAUGUUWGUGGUUUAAUUUAUAAGCAAACUCACCACUUGCAUUUAAUUUGGUUGAUGGAACAAUAUUGCAUAGUAAAUACUUUCUCAGAUURCUAAAUUAACCUUUUUAAAUUGAAGACAUAGUAAAAUAUGGUGUUUUGAAAUUAGUUGCCCUUACAUAUGGCCACCCACUGCAAAAAUGAAGUGGCUUAAAGCAAAUUAUUGAAGUGUCUGGUCUUUCUGGCAAGGGGCAUUUAGAGUAUAAAGUGGUAGAAGAGUAACAGUAAGUCAUUCAUGCAUCUCUUCAGAGCCCUGCUCUCUUCCCUCUGCAUUUUCUAACUUCUGUACAUCCAUGUUGUGUCCUCAGUUCCUAGUCAUGCUUAGACCUUUAAAGGUAAACUAUGAAAGAAUGUUUUAGAUAAAUCAUAUUUUGUUUUCUGGGGAUAAUUGUUUUGCUUUGACUUACACAUAAUCAGAACUACAUCACUUACUGCAAUUUUUGUGGUUUUCUAGAGAUUACUAGUUAAUUGGUAGGUCAGCUGAAGAAAAAAAUGGGAAAAUGUGGCUGAUCAGUUGGAAUAAAAUCAUAUGUUUAAAGUGUAAUGCCUGGAAUUCAGAUUAUGAUAUAACCUGUGCAAUGAUUAUUUAAAUAACUUUGGAAGAGAACAACUAAAACUUUGUGCAGAACUUCAGCAAAGUGGUUAUAUUAAUCUCUAUCGAGUAAUCUCUACAGAAAAAGCUCCAUAUGGGAGAGGUGGGUUACGGUAAUUGCAAACUGCAUUUCUUUAUUUUGGGAACAUAAAGAAAAGUAGUGCUUCUUUUUYAGAAGUACUCCAAUUUUAAACUUCUAUGGAAAUGAUUAAGACAAUGCAAAUGUCAACAUUUUGCAUCAGUGAAUCAGCUUUACAUAUUUUUGAAAAUUAUUCAUAAAAUAAAGAUCUACCCGUAUUGCAGUAGUAAAGAUAAAUGUUUAACUACCGUCUUUUGGCUAUGUUUUGUUUGGAAAAAGUACUUGGUAUAUCAUGUGCAUUCUCAGAUAGGACUUAGGGUUUUCUGUUCCACUUGRAAGUUCUUGGAGAUUACAGAAUAGCAAUGUUUUUCUGACUGCAAGUUGCAGCUUUCCCCUUACCUCUUACAGGUAUUCAUUUUCAUGCCACUUGUAUCCUGCAAUACAGGAAYUGCAGUGACCAUUUUGGUAAUAGUGCAGGUCAUUGCAUGGUGCCCUUUGGGUUAUUGACAGCUGAGUCCUUUCCUAUUGUCUAUUACAGGGUCUGAUAUACAGCUGGUAUCCAUGCAUUUCUCCUCUCCUUUAUCGAUCCUCUACAAAAUUAAAAUAUUUGGAUUAUUUAAUGGUAAUUAGUUAUGCUUGUGAGCUUUARUAUGAUCUCUUAGAACCACAAAAAAUGAUUGCAGGUUUUUCUUAAAUUUAUAACUGCAUGGUGCAAAGCCCAGAGCUCAAACAAACUUAACACUGUGUGUAACCUGAGGAGAAGGUAUUUCUUUCAGUGACACUGAACAAGGAGAACUUUUGAGAUACAAGAGUCACGGACAUGGAAAAGGCCUGCAGUAGAAACUAUGUUUUUCUUCAUUGAAUUGUGUCUCUCUGUAAUUAGAUAAUGCUGAUUUACUACUCCGGYGUUUCUUUUAGAAAAGCAUCCAGAGUGGAUUUUACUAAAUUUCCUAAACCUAAGCAGGGGAUUUUUUUUAAUGUGUUCUAAUUUUUUUUUCUGUUAGAGCAAUACUAUGUAUGUGCCUUUUAUCAAAUUUACAUAAUUUGUUACAGAAUACCUUUGUUAUUUAAAAGAAAUAGUGACGAUUGUGUGCUGUUAUAUUUAAGAGGUUUGCAGCUUUUAUGCUGCUGACAGGGACUGUUGAUUUUGUGUAAUCUGUUCCAGAGCAUUCCUUAUGGCCUAUUUUCUCACUCGUUUUUUAAUGCUAUUCUGAAUUUGUGAAGUAAGGUCAGUGUAGAAAUUCCUCUUUUAAACUACAGUUUCAGUAAGAGGGUUAACUGUUCAAAUUCUUAAAACCAUGUCUGKUUUUUUCAGUUUGUUGCUUCUAAAUUAAAGCUGACUUGCCUGCACCUGAAAGCAGUAGUAUUGACGUGUUUCUUGCAACUCUUUUUGCUUUCUUUUCCUYCCCUCUUCUCUCCCAACUUUUCAGAAAAUCUAGAAUAUUGGCAGAAAUAGAAUGAAUGGGCGUUUUUAGUAGUUUCUGAAGAUAAUGAGCAUUUUGAGAAGUUUCUUUUGAAAAAUUACAAAGCCAGAAUAAGAAAUGCAAAAAAUCACACAACAUCACUCGUGUCCAUUUUAAGGGCUGCACUUUCUGAAURGUACCUUAGGUAUUGAAUGGCACAGGGGUGAAGGAUUGGGGAGAGGUUAUUGGGCAUAAAAGUACAUGUUGAUUAGGUCUCCAGGCAAGAUAAGUUUGUGGAGUAAGGCAGGAGCUGUGUUGCAAACAGUAGUUUGUAGGCAAUUUGGAAAUAGAGAAAUAACUUUUCCCUUUCCCCAUUUCUGGUUAUCAGCAACCAUGAUUUCUGAUGAAUCAGGRUUUUACACUAAAUAAAAUAUUUUGUUCUAAGGAGGUUUAGAUCWCUGAGAUGAAGGUUUUUGACUACUUUUCCAAACACUGGCUUAUUUAGUGAAGUUGGCUUGUCCUACAUAAAUACUUGUCCUGCCCAAUUCUGUGAGCAGAGCAAUGUCAGCUGGUGUGUUCUGCCUGUUGAAUCUGUUUCACACAGAAGCCUUGUCCUAUUUUUCAUCAAUCCUGGGGAAUGUGUAGUGUAUUGCUGUCUGCUUGUUUCCUUUGGAAGUUGAGCUCCAAAACCAGUUUUUGGCUUAACUAUGUUCCAAAUUUACUUUUAGAACUGGAAAUGGGAAAUAAGAGUAUUAGUUAAAGUAGGUCUUACCAGUAGUGUAAUUAGGAAUAAUGCUUAUAAGUCUCUUCCUUUCUGUCUUUGGUAUUUCUGUCAUUCUAUCUGAGGUCCUAAAGAAGGAAAUGAAGAAAGCUUCCCAGUUUGGAUCACUCCCUGAUACAGAUUGGCAUGUAUGUGUAUAGCAGGGAAUGUUCUUGUCCUCAAAUUUCAUCCCUGAUAUAAUGCACUUCUAAAUACAUUUCAMAACAAACCCCCAAGUCUGUAUUUGCCAAAACUUAUUUUUGUUUGAUCUAGUUUAUCUGAUGAUGAGGCCACAUAUGGGAACAAUAUUUUGAUAUGUGUGAACCAGACUCAGAUUUUGUAGCAGAGGCUUUGUGUCUGCUCCCCCCAGCCCUGAUGUCACAAAUAACUGCACGUGUGUGUAUAKAAGCAGAAGUUCUUACUCCCGUGGCAUCCUUUUUAUUCUCCAGUUACUCUCCAUGUACAGCUGACAAUUAACACAUCAGCUGCUGCUUAUACUCAGGAACAUGGUGCAGUYGUGUCAUGGGGUUUAGUUGGUUUGCUUGCUUGGUUUUUUGGUAUUUUUUGUUGUUUCCAUCAACUGCAUCCACUGGUAGCUGUUAGCUUCAGACACAUCCUGCUUUUUGGGAGACUCAKGGGACAAAACGAUUUCUGUCUUCAACAGAAAUGUCUGUGUGGCUGUUUCUCCUGAUGGAAAUGUCUUCCUCAACCCUUCAUUCUUCUGUAAUGAUUUUAAUAUAUUUAUCUUGUGCUUUCAGAUUGUUUGGGUAUUUUUAAUAGGGCAAAUAAAUCAUAAAUGGUUUUGAUUAACACUUUUAAGAGCAUUUACUGGRCAGGUUAUAUUGUUCAGUUUUUAUUCAACUGGUUAGAUCAUGACAAUAAAAGUUGCUGUUCCAAUGUA